AUGGCGGACUACGACAACGAUUCUGGCCGUUAUGCCGACGAGCCCCGGUACGAUCGCGACCGCAGCGCUUCUCCUCGCGAUGAGCCUCGUGCCGACCGCGACCGCGCUCGCAGCCGUUCCCCCAAUGGCCGCUCUGAUGACCGCGCGCCCAUGGCUCGCAAGCCCAUCGAGGAAGAAGACGAGGGUGCUCUCAACACCGGUUCCAACCUCUUCGUCACUGGUAUCCAUCCCCGCCUGACUGAGUCUGACAUCUCUCGUCUGUUUGAGAAGUACGGCGAUGUCGAUAACUGUUCAAUUAUGCUGGACCCCCACACCAAGGAGUCUCGUGGAUUCGGUUUCGUGAACAUGGUCACUGCUGAGCAAGCUGAUGCUGCUAAGGAGGGACUUCAAGGUGAAGUCAUUGAGGGUCGUACUCUGAGCAUUGAGAAGGCUCGCCGUGCUCGUCCUCGCACUCCUACUCCCGGCAAAUACUUCGGUCCUCCCAAGCGUGAUGGCCCUGGUCCUCCUGGCGGUGGCCGUGGUGGCCCCCGUCGUGACCGUUACGAUGAUCGUCGUGGUCCUUCCAGCGGUGGCUGGCGCCGUCGUGACGAUGACUACUCCCGCUAUGGCCGUUACGACUCUUACAAUGACCGCCGUGACUAUGGCCGCGAUUAUGGCCGCGACUAUGGCCGUCGUGACUACGGUGGUGGCCGUGACUAUGGCCGCCGUGAAUCUCGUGACGACUACGGUGGAUACCGCGGUGGCGGUGGUGACCGCUACGGUGGCCGCGAUGACCGCUACGGUGGCCGUGAUGAUCGCCGCGGUGGUGAUGAGCCCCGUGGCGGCGGCGGCGGUUACUACGACCGUGAUGCCAACCCUCCCAGUUUUGACACUGCCGGUCCUCCCCGCGAGGCCCGUGACCCCUACGCUGGUGGCGGUGGACGCUCCUACGAAGGACAGGCCCGCAGCGGCAGCGGUGGCGGUGGUGAAGACCGGUACGCCGGCAGGUAA